GCUGCUUUUGGGUCGCUGACAGAAGACAGCAUGAUGUUUAGGUUUGUUUGUGUCUGCCUUCUCUUAAGUGAAGUAAGCGGUCAACGAGGGUCUGGUGUUCCCUAUAGUUUUGGAUUUUAUAACUUCGAUAAUAGACCUUCUGGUAGUGGCUCUGUACCCUCUGUGAAUGACCUGGGUGAAGUCAAAGGUGGACCUCGGCCAAGUUCCAGUUACACGUCUUACAGAUCCCCAAUUCUAAGUUAUCCUGCCCAAUCAAGUCCAAUGCAGAUGCCACCAAACCAGGCAAGCUAUGCAUGGAUGCCUUCAACUCCAAUGAGCCAGCAAGGCCCAUCCCAAACCCAGGCGAAGCCAGUGUGGGGUCUCAAUCGCCCUGCUCAGGCGCCGCAGACCACCAGCCAGCCGGCCAAGGCUACCCCAGCCCCAGUGAGGCAGGCGCCGCAGACCACCUGCCAGCAGGCUAAGACUCCCCCAGCCCCGGUGAGGCAGGCGCUGCAGACCACCAGCCAGCAGGCUAAGACUCCCCCAGCCCCAGUGAGGCAGGCGCCGCAGACCACCAGCCAGCAGGCUAAGACUCCCCCAGCCCCAGUGAGGCAGGCGCCGCAGACCACCAGCCAGCAGGCUAAGACUCCCCCAGCCCCAGUGAGGCAGGCGCCGCAGACCACCAGCCAGCAGGCUAAGACUCCCCCAGCCCCAGUGAGACAGGAGCCGGCUCACUAUCUUAAACCUACACCUAGCCCUACUGGUGAUUCUGUAUGA